AAGUCAGAAAUCACACUGUAUGGAACUAACUUCUUUCUAAAUUGCAUGAUUGAUUGAUAGGAGAUUUCCAAAUAACAUUUUGACUGCCUUACAUCCAGUAAAAGAACUCAGCAAAAUACAAAUAAAUAUGAUAAUAUCUUAGACAGCAAAUCUUCUCAUCCCACAAGAGGCAGGAAACUGCUAGAGGAAGCUACCUUGGAGAGGAUUCUUUCCUCCCUUCCCAAGAGGAGCUGAACUCAAAAUCUCUCCAUUUCACAAUAGACAUUAGAGAACAUUUCCAACAGUGGAUUUGCACUGGUGUUUUGUGCCCUAGAAAAACGUUCCCUUCUGGUAGGUUCUAAUAAGCCCCACUGGGACACUUUGCACUCCCUUGUCUGCUCCCUGCCUCUCUAACCUUAGAGGGUCACUUGGAAUCAACUAAUAUUUCAGGUCCUUUCUUCCCAUUUCUGCUGCCACACAAGGAACCCAGAUUAUAUCAGGGAGAGGCUGAGCUCCAGAGGUUCACACCAGGAGCUUAUUCAUUGUCACAUUGUUCCUGCUUCCUGACAGGUUCACUUGAACCGUCUGGAGAUGGGGGAACAAGGACAAUGAGGUGGGCAUGUAGGAAGUUUCAUGGCCCAGGCCCUCCUGAGAGCCCUGAACUGCCAACCAGACUGAGCCCAUCAGAGAAUAACACCUCCUUUUCUGAGGAUUCUGAUACAUUUUCAGUCAAAAACAGAAGCAAAGAUUCUGCAGCUCCCACAGAAACUCCCAGAAACCAUGCGGUGCUUCACCCUUCUGAGAUCCUUGAGUCCAAAUGUGGGAGCUAACCAGGCACAUCUUCACAAUGAAAUCUUCACAAGCCCAGAACCAUCAACUUGCUAUACUGUGUUCCUCCAGUGCCCAGUUCACAGGAAGCACUCAAGAAAAUCAAGACUGAAUCAAACAGGACUACUUCUGAAAGAAAACUCAGACUAUGAAUCUUUCUCCAGACAGGCACUCCAUACAACUCACUACACUUGAGCUCACUGAAUUAAUCACAUUCUUCUGCUCUGCCUCCCAGAGAUUUCAUCAAAGCACCGGCAUUGGCCUUCUGAAGGCUUCUCAAACUCUGCACUCACAUGUUUCCUGAAAGUGUCGUGUUUCUCACCUUUAGAUUGUUCUUCUCGUCAGUUACAUGUGGGCUUCACAAAUUUAUUUCUCAGAAUACAAGUCUGUCUCUUAUAUCCUCGGGAAACACUCCUUAAUAUCCCAAUUCGUAUUGACAAUAAUUAAACUAAGGACCGGCCAAAAACAGUGCCUUUCCUCACUUUAAUCUCAGUAAAGUAGAUAAGCCUCAAGUUAUUUUGUUCUUGCAAUGGCACUGACAAAUGUUUGCACCAAAAACCAUGUUGAAGUUCAUUAAGGAAACUGUGAUCCAGAUCCAAGGUCAAAAAGACAAGUUCAUCAAUUCAGCACACCACCAACUCACAGGCUAAGCAUCUUACUGCUAAUUCAUCGAUGCUGCGAUUUGUCAAGUGCCAAACUGAAUUAUUGAUUUGUCAAUAAUUUCUUUCUGUUGUUUACUUAUAUAGUAUAUUGCAAUUCUUGUUGCUGAAGUCAGCUACACUUUUUCUAUUUGAAAAAUAAUUUCUUGCGUUUGGGAUUUCAGGUAUAGUGAUUGUUACAAAAUAAGAAGGACUUGAAUUAACAGCAAGUUUUCAAGUAAAACUUUACUUAUGUAUAACUGAAUGAGUUCUUAAAGACAUUUACUAACAAUUUUCCACAAACUAAAAAAUUACAAACAAUAAAUAAAACAGACUUAAAAAAAGUGUGUCACAUAGCUGCUUGGUUUUUUUUUUUUUUUUUUUUAGUAGUGAAAUGGGGGAAAAUCAGACGAUGGUCACAGAGUUCCUCCUACUGGGAUUUCUCCUGGGCCCAAGGAUUCAGAUGCUCCUCUUUGGGCUCUUCUCCCUGUUCUACGCCUUCACCCUCCUGGGGAAUGGGACCAUCCUGGGGCUUAUCUCACUGGACUCCAGACUCCACACCCCCAUGUACUUCUUGCUCUCACACCUGGCCGUCGUUGACAUCGCCUACCCCUGCAACACGGUGCCCCAGAUGCUGGUGAACCUCCUGCAUCCAGCCAAGCCCAUCUCCUUUGCUGGCUGCAUGACACAGACCUUUCUCUUUUUGAGUUUUGCACAUACCGAAUGCCUCCUGUUGGUGCUGAUGUCCUACGAUCGGUACGUGGCUAUCUGCCACCCUCUCCAAUAUUCUGUCAUCGUGACCUGGAGAGUCUGCAUCACCCUGGCCAUCACUUCCUGGACGUGUGGCUCCCUCCUGGCUCUGGUCCAUGUGAGCCUCAUCCUAAGACUGCCCUUUUGUGGGCCUCAUGAAAUCAACCACUUCUUCUGUGAAAUCCUGUCUGUCCUCAGGCUGGCCUGUGCAGAUACCUGGCUCAACCAGGUGGUCAUCUUUGCAGCCUGCGUGUUCAUCCUGGUGGGACCACUCUGCCUGGUGCUGGUCUCCUACUCACACAUCCUGGCAGCCAUCCUGAGGAUCCAGUCUGGGGAGGGCCGCAGAAAGGCCUUCUCCACCUGCUCCUCCCACCUCUGCGUGGUGGGACUCUUCUUUGGCAGUGCUAUCGUCAUGUACAUGGCCCCCAAGUCCCGCCAUCCUGAGGAGCAGCAGAAAGUCCUUUUUCUAUUUUACAGUUUUUUCAACCUGAUGCUGAACCCCCUGAUUUACAGCCUGAGGAACAUAGAGGUCAAGGGUGCCCUGAGGAGAGCACUGUGCAAGGAAAGUCAUUCCUAACUGGUGUGAUAUUUGAACUGCCAGCCUCAGUUGUCACCUCGACUCUUGAUGCCCAAUUAUUGCCUCAAUCCAGAAAAGUUUAUUAUUUUCUCUUUAUCUGUGCUUUACUGACAGAAGGGCAAGCCUUCUCUCCUUUUUUGCAGAUAAAAUUUUAAAUGUGUUGCAUUCAUUGGGUUUCUAUGAGAUUU